AUGGCCGAACGGGAUCCGAAUGAGCAUCUGAAGAAGGUGCUGGGCGUGAUCGGUGUGGGGACGAAAAUUGGCAACGUAAUACAGCUGGUGAAGCGGCGCCGCGGAAGCCCACCCAAAAUUACCGACGAACAGCAGCUACAGCGCAGCUUGGAGCAGUCGAAGGAAGCGCGAAUGGAGCGCCUAAAUGCGUUGGCCACCAAGCACCGGCACGUGCUGGAGGUGGCCGCAGUGAUGCUGGGCGAAGAGCAGGACUGCGUGAUCGAGUGCAUUGCCGACCGCCCGGCGGACGUGCUGCUGCUGGACCAGUUCUUCAGCGUCGGCGGCGUGAAGGGUAUUUUGCUGUUCUACGAUAUGAGGCCUCCGCCCGGCAUCGAGACGGGCCGGUACAGUGCAAAGCAAAAGCAACCCACGAAACAGGCAUGGAUCACCGACGGGCAGCGCGAAAAGGUGACCGACCUCUUCAUCGCUGUUAGUCGCCAUAGCAACGCCAAAACGAUCGAGGCAAAGGGACUUGGUGAUGAGGUACUGUUUAGCCAUGCCGUUUUUACUCCGGAGCGUUCCAUCGUCUACACGCUGCUGUUACUGCUGGAGCACGUCCUGAGCCCAGCGAUCGAUGCGAUCCGCGACUACGGCCAGUGCGGCGAGGUGCAGCAAAGCAACUUCAAGUAUGGCGUCAAUCGUUUCAUAAAUUUCCUCAAAAGCACCGAAAAGGACAUUUCUCAGCGCAUCAUUUUCGCCGUCGACCACCGGCUGUACAAGGGCUUCCUGCUGACCCCGGUGCAGGUCCAGGAGACAGCCCGCGAUCGGGAGCGAGUGAGUGAGGUUGAGCGGAUCUUUCACCGAUGGAUGGAGCAGAUUCAGCUGGCGCUAACACGCGGUGACCAGAUAGAGGCAGCCCCGCACUACGUCGGCCCAGCGGUCGAGCUCGAGUACUGGCGCACGGUGCUAACACGCUACACCUCGAUCAGCGAGUUUACGGAGCAGAAAGUGUUUCGGCAAUUUUUGGCGUGCCUCAAAAUUUCACGCUCCAAACUGGUGCGGCUGUGGGACGAGCUGGCCGCGCAGCUGUCGGGCAAGCUGAUCGAAUCGCGAGACAACGUCCGGUUUCUCAGCUCGAUCGAGCGCUUCUGGGAUCCCCUGUACCGCUGCGAGCCACGGGAAGCGACGAAAAGUAUGCCGACGCUGCUGGAAGUCGUGCGGCAGGUGUACAGAUCGUCCGGCUACUACAAUACGGCCGACCGCAUCACGGGCCUGCUAACGAAACUGGCCAACCAGAUCAUCAUCAAUUGCCGAUCGUACCUGACGCACCGCAACACCGUUCGAGUCUACGAUCAGUCCAAGGAGGCGCUGAUCGGCAAGAUUGACGUGUGCCAGCGACUGGAUGCGGCCUUCCGGUGCCAGUAUCAGAGUACGGUACAGAAAAUGGCCGAGACCCCGUGGGAAUGUUCGGAGGUGUUUGUGUUCGGAAAGCUAAACCACUUCAAGUUGCGUCUGUCGAAAAUAAUGCGCGUCAUAGAGCUGUACCUGAAGUACGAGGUGAUCGACCGGGUGGCCAUUUCGGGCACCGAGCCGUACUCCGGCAAGAUUCGGGCGGCCUACGAGCUGCUUACGUCGCAGCCGUACGAUCCUUUGGUUCACACGGACCAUCGUUUCGACGCGGACUACAAGCACUACCUGGGCGAGGUGGAGGCGGCCGAGCUGGGUCUACAGCGGUUCGUGAAACAACUGCUGGCGCACGAACGCACCGCCGACGGCAGCCUGUUGGUGUUGCGUCGGUUCGAGAAACUUCAGCUCGAUUGCCUCUGCCUCGAUCGCCGCUACCUUGACGUGGCCGUUCUGCUGGAGCAGCACAUUUGCACACUGAAGGACGUGUACAACGAAAACCGUGCCGAUCCGCCCAUCCCGCAGGGGAUCCCGGAAACCGUCGGUCGCAUCAUGUGGUCCCGCUCGCUGUUCCGACAGAUGGACGGUCCGAUCGGGGAGAUAAAGCGUCGCCCGUGCGUCGUGAACCAUCGGAAGGCGCAACUGUGUGUCAAGUACUACAACUACCUUUGCGAGGUUCUCAUCCACUACGAACUGGUGCACCACAAGGCGUGGACAAAGUUUGCCGAAAUGGCCGCCGCCAAACUGUGCCUGCCGAUCUAUCGUAGCCGGCAGCAGGAAGGUGGGAACUACCUGAGUGUCAACUUUCACCGCUGGGUGCAGCAGUUGAUCAAGGAAACGGAGGCCAUCGUGAAGCUGGGCCUGCCGGCGCCGGACUUUGCCAUCGCUAUGGUGCAGCGCAAGGGGCAGAUUGCGCAGCAGUACGAAAGGGCCAAGCAUUUGCUUCGCCAAAGCGAUACCCUACGGCAGAGCAUUCCACCGAUCUUUCUGCCACUGAUGCGAACAACGCUGGCCAAACUGGACCGGGCGUUCCUGCCCGGACUGUCUGUGGUUAGCUGGGAAUCAUUGAAUCUCGGUCGCUUUCUCGACCAGCUCGAGGGAACGAUCACACAAACGGAACAGUUGUUCAAGGAAAUCUACGACAUCUGGCAGACUCGGGUAGAGGAUACGCUCAGCUCGUUCGAAAGCACCGACCUCCUAACGCUACCGACGGAUCCGGUUGAGGCGGCCGAGUUCUACGAGAUGAACAUCAAGUACCGUGAGUCGGUGCAAGGGCAGCUGCAGAAACGUUCCCAAGCCAUGGAGGGCUCCGUGGUGGAGCUGAUUAACAAGUUUUGCACGAACAUUGAGGUCGCGGACCGGGACGAGGCAGGGAAUCGGCGAUAUCAGUUACCGCUGGCCGAGAUCACCGACGGUAACCGGCGCCAGGAGGAGCAACUACCGACCGAUAAACUCGAUUGGGUACGCUUCGACCGGAUGUACAAAGUCCCGAUCAAUCCCACUCCCGAAGCGCACCGGGAAGCGCUCUAUCAGGACUACGGGGCACUGAACUAUGACGUGCCACAGCUGCACGGCGAUUGCAUGGAGCUGUUCGCGUACUUCAACAACCGGCUCGUGAACGUGUUCGUGCGCAUGGUCAAGAGCUCGCUCGAGGGACUCCGCUCCCGACUAGAGCUCGUGCGCUUGCAAUCCAACAAGGCGGCCAUUCUGGCCGAGAUUCGGCCCCUCAUCAUCGCCAAGAUGCUGCUGCAGCAGACCGACUGCUGCCACAUAGAGCCCUCGCUGGAAGAGAUUCAGUUUUCCUUCGAGCGCGUCAUCCUGAACGUGGUGGAAACGUUCUACGCCAUCUCGACCUGGGGCCAGCAGGCCAAGUCGCGCGAGCGGCGAAUGCGUCGCCCGGUGCUGACCGAGCAGCGGUACGAACGCAAUUGGUUUCAGCUCAUCUCGGAGCACAAGGAAGUGGUACGGAUCGUGCACGAGUUCGAUGGCGGACUGCUGCUGCUCAAACCGGACAUUAGCUACGUCCUGCGCAGCACCUACGACCGGCACGAGUUCCUGUGGAGACAGAAUCUGUUCUUGGUCGAGCUGGAACGUAAACCGGAACUGUUCGAAAGGAUUAAAGCGUAUCUGACGGACGUUACGUACCGUUGGCACGUUGGACCGAUCGUCGUUCGACUUGUUCCGGUAGUGCGAACCGUCCUGCAGCGACUGCUGGCAUUUUACGUCGUGCGGAUCGAUGAAAUCGUCGAGUUUAUCGCCACGCACGACAAGACGCUGCAACGAACGCUUAAAGAUCUGGACGACAUCCGGAUGGCGAUGGACUGCCUGCAGGCGGUGGGCGAACAGUUUUCCUUCGUCGAAGUCGAUCUCACGUUCAUCGAGCAAACCUAUCGUACACUGGCAGGCUUCGAGGAGCUUUCGAUUGGGCCGGAACAAGUGGAAGAUGUGUACGGCAUCAGGGACACGUUCAAGGCGAUGGUCCGUCGGGUGGAGAAGGUGGAAAACGACAUCAUAGCGCUGCAGGUGCCACUCCAGCGCGAGCUGGCCGAGGGUGUGGCCAAGUUUAACGAAGAAAUCGAAGUGUUUGACUCGCAGUUCGAGACCAGCGGCCCGCUCGAGGAAGGCAUCCCGCCGAAAGAAGCCAGCGAUCGGUUGCUCAUGUUCCAGGGCCGGUUCGACGAGCUGUGGCGCAAGUUUGAGAUGUACGCCAACGGGGAAGCGUUCCUGGGGCUGAAGGUGAACGAGUAUCCGGUGCUGCAGCGGCGCAAGAAGGAGUUCAAUCUGCUCAACAAACUGUACACGCUGUACCUGGAGGUGAUGAAGAGCAUCGAGUCGUACUACGAAACGCCUUGGCAGGAGGUGAACAUCGAGCUGAUCAACGCCAAACUGAUCGACUUCGAGAACCGCUGCCGGAAGCUACCGAAAGCGAUGCGGGAGUGGCCGGCGUACAUCGAGCUGAAGAACAAGAUCGACGACUUCAACCGUAGCUGUCCGCUCCUGGAACUCAUGUGCACCGACGCCAUGAAGGACCGGCAUUGGGAGAAGCUGAAUAGCGUUUUGGGCUGUACGUUCGACGUUGCGUCGCCCGCGUUCACGCUGCAGCACGUUAUGGCGGCACCGUUGCUGGCGCACUCGGACGAAAUCGAAGAUACGUGUAUCGGGGCGGUCAAAGAGAACGACAUCGACUGCAAACUGCGCUCGGUCGUGGCCGAGUGGUCGACGGUGGUCCUUCAGUUUGCACCGUUCAAAGCGCGAGGUGAACUGCUGAUCAAACCGGCCGAAACGGUCGAGAUCGUAGCGCUGCUGGAGGACAGCAUCAUGAUCGUGAACUCGUUGGCUUCGAACCGGUUCAAUGCGCACUUCAAGAAAGACAUCAUGCUGUGGCUCCACAAACUGGUCAACACCGGCGAGAUCCUCGAGAAGUGGCUCCAGGUGCAGAGCCUGUGGAUAUACCUGGAGGCCGUCUUUGUUGGGGGCGACAUCUCGAAGCAGCUACCGCAGGACGCGAAACGGUUCGCCGGCAUUGACAAGACCUGGGUGCGCAUCAUGUUCCGAGCCCGCGACAAUCCGAACGUAGUGCAGUGCUGCACCGGGGAGGACGUGAUGUCCUACACACUCACCUCGCUGCUGGAGCAGCUGGAGACGUGCCAAAAGUCGCUGACCGGGUACCUGGAAUCGAAGCGGCUACUGUUUCCACGUUUCUUCUUCAUUUCCGAUCCGGUGCUGCUGGAGAUUCUGGGCCAAAGUUCCGAUCCCACCUCGAUUCAACCGCAUCUGCUGAGUAUUUUCGACGCCGUGGCACGGGUGGAGUUUGACCCGAAAACGGUGGGCCGCAUCGUGGCGCUCUAUUCGGACAACGGCGAACGGGUACCGCUGGCCAACGCCGUCCACUGUGUGGGCGGUGUGGAGCUUUGGCUCGGCAGCCUGCUGGUGGAGAUGCAAGACACCAUCCGGUCCAUUCUGGUCCAGAUGUCCCAGUGCUUGGCGAACCCCGAGUUUCACUUUAUCGUCGGCUUCCAGGAAUUCUGUGGCCAGGCGGGCCUAGUCGGGGUGCAGCUGCUGUGGACGACGGAAGCCGAAUUGGCGCUACGCCGUUGCCGCACGGACAAGAACGUGAUGCGCGGUACCAACAAUCUGUUUCUGAACCUGCUCAACAGCCUCAUCGAGCUGACGGUUAAGGAUCUGACCAAGCUGGAGCGCAUCCGGUUCGAAACGAUGGUUACGAUCCACGUGCACCAGCGCGACAUCUUCGACGAUCUCGUACGGUUGCGCGUGCGAACCGCCCUCGAUUUCGAGUGGCAAAAGCAGGCCCGGUUCUACUACGACGACGAAACGGAGGACGUCAUCGUCAAGAUUACCGAUGUGGAUUUUAUCUAUCAGAACGAGUACCUCGGGGUCACGGAACGGUUGGCCAUCACGCCGCUUACCGAUCGAUGCUACAUUACGCUGGCCCAGGCCAUCGGUAUGUCGAUGGGCGGUGCACCGGCCGGCCCGGCUGGGACGGGCAAAACGGAGACGACCAAGGACAUGGGCCGAGCGCUCGGUAAGCUGGUCGUGGUGUUCAACUGCUCCGAUCAGAUGGACUUCCGGGGGUUGGGUCGCAUCUACAAAGGGCUGGCGCAGUCAGGUUCGUGGGGUUGCUUCGAUGAGUUCAACCGGAUCGAGCUCCCCGUCCUGUCGGUGGCCGCGCAACAGAUUCACAUCGUUCUUACGGCAAGAAAAGAGAAGCGCACGUCGUUCCUGUUCAGUGAUGGUGACACCGUGGCGCUAAACCCCGAGUUUGGGCUGUUCAUUACGAUGAACCCGGGGUACGCCGGGCGACAGGAGCUGCCGGAGAACCUGAAGAUCAUGUUCCGCUCGGUGGCGAUGAUGGUGCCCGAUCGGCAGAUCAUCAUGCGCGUCAAGCUGGCCAGCUGCGGCUUCAAGGACAACGUGCUGCUGGCCCGCAAGUUCUACACGCUCUACAAACUGUGCGAGGAGCAGCUGUCCAAGCAGGUGCACUACGACUUCGGUCUGCGGAACAUCCUGUCCGUCCUGCGGACACUGGGCGCCCAGAAGCGGGCAAAUCCGAACGAUACGGAGGAAAUGAUCGUGAUGCGCGUCCUGCGCGACAUGAACGUGUCGAAGCUGGUCGAUGAGGACGAGCCACUGUUUAUUUCGCUGAUCGAGGGUCUGUUCCCGGGCAUCCGGUUGAGCAGCUCGAGCUACAAGGAGCUUCAGCGCGCCAUUGCCGUCAGUGCCGAGGCGCUCGGAUUAGUCAACCACCCGGAGUGGAACUUGAAGGUGAUUCAGCUGUACGAAACGUCCCUGGUACGGCACGGUCUGAUGACCCUGGGGCCGACGGGAGCCGGCAAAACGCAGUGCAUCCUGACGCUGCUCAGGAGCUUCACGGAGCUGGGGAUGCCCCACAAGGAGGUGCGCAUGAACCCGAAGGCCAUCACGGCACCGCAGAUGUUCGGGCGCCUCGAUGUGGCCACGAACGAUUGGACCGAUGGGAUCUUCUCGACCCUGUGGCGCCGCACGUUCAAGGUGAAGAAGGGCGAGUUCGUGUGGCUCGUGCUGGACGGUCCGGUUGAUGCGGUGUGGAUCGAGAACCUCAACUCCGUGCUGGACGACAACAAAACGCUAACGCUGGCGAACGGUGACCGGAUUACGAUGGCCCCGAACGCGAAGCUGGUGUUCGAGCCGGACAACGUGGACAACGCGUCGCCGGCCACGGUUAGCCGGAUGGGGAUGGUAUUCAUGAGCGCGUCCGUUAUGAAGUGGGAAGCCAUUCUGAAUGGGUGGCUGAAAACGAAACCACCGCCGGUGGCCGAUCUGCUGCGCCGGCUGUUUCACCGGAUCUACGGCGAUCUGUACGAGUUUGUUCAGACGAAACUGUCCGCGAAAAUGAAGCUACUGGAGGCGAUCUACAUUCGCCAGUGUUGCGAUCUGCUCGAGGGUCUUAUCGCGCCCACCACGGAGGACGAGAGCCCGGCUGUUGACUUUAGCGACGCGCACCUGGAGCGUCUGUUCCUGUUCUCGCUCAUCUGGUCGCUGGGGGCCGUGCUCGAGCUGGAAGACCGUGAAAAGAUGGGCGAGUUUAUAGCGAAGCACCCGUCCAAAUUGAAGUGGCCCAAGAUGCAACCGGGUGACACCGUGUUCGAGUACGUCGUUUCCUCGGAGGGCACCUGGCAGCACUGGAACGAGCGGGUCGAGGACUACGUCUAUCCGAGCGACAGCGUACCCGAGUUCUCCAGCAUCCUGGUGCCGAAUGUCGACAACGUGCGGUCGUCGUUUCUGAUCGACCUGAUCGCCCGCCAGCGGAAGGCGGUGCUGCUGAUCGGCGAGCAGGGCACCGGCAAGACCGUCAUGAUCCAGGGCUACAUGCUGCAGUACGAUCCGGAGUAUCACCUGUCGAAGAGUCUGAACUUUUCGUCAGCCACCACACCGAACAUGUUCCAGCGCAUCAUCGAGUCGUACGUGGAGAAGCGCGUCGGCACCACGUACGGGCCGCCGCAGCAGCGCCGGAUGUCCAUUUUCGUCGACGACAUCAACAUGCCGAUCGUGAACGAAUGGGGCGACCAGGUGACGAACGAGAUCGUCCGCCAGCUGAUGGCGAACCGGGGCUUCUACUCGCUCGACAAACCGGGCGACUUCAUGACCGUGCUCGACGUGCAGAUCCUGGCGGCGAUGAUCCACCCGGGCGGCGGGCGCAACGACAUACCGCCGCGCCUGAAGCGCCAGUUCUGCAUCUUCAACUGCGCCAUCCCGAGCAACGCGUCGAUCGAUAAGAUCUUUGGCGUACUCGGCGAGGGCUACUUCUGCGGGGGCCGCUUUGGACCGGCAGUGGUCGCAAUCGUCGCGAAGCUGGUGCCGAUGACGCGCAAGCUUUGGCAGGCCACCAAGCUGAAGAUGUUGCCCACGCCGGCAAAGUUCCACUAUGUGUUCAACCUCCGCGACCUGUCGCGCAUCUGGGAGGGCAUGCUGAAAAUCGAAACGGAACAGUGUCAGACGGUCCAGACGACGAUAAAUCUUUGGAAACACGAGUGCACGCGGGUGAUAGCGGAUCGGUUCACAAACUUUGAGGAUCGCGCCUGGUUUACGACGACCCUGAGGGCGACGGCUGAGCAGGACCUGGGACCCGACCAGUACCCGGUGGAGGAUCAGUAUUUUGUAAACUUCCUUCGCGACGCACCGGAACCAACGGGCGACGAAGGGGACGACGAAGGCAGUUUGGCAGCGCCGAAGCUGUACGAAAAGAUCGUCGGCUUCGAGGAGACGACGGCGCGCGUACAGAUGUUCCUCGAGCAGUACAACGAGCAGGUGCGCGGCGCGUCGAUGGAUUUGGUGUUUUUCCGCGAUGCCCUCGUGCACCUGAUGAUCGUGUCGCGCAUCAUGGGAACCGCGCGGGGCAACGCGCUGCUGGUGGGUGUCGGAGGCUCGGGCAAACAGAGCCUGGCCCGGUUGGCCUCCUUUAUCGCCGGCUUCCGGUGCUACCAGAUCACACUGACGCGUGCCUACAACGUGACCAAUCUGAUGGAGGACCUUAGGUACCUGUACCGCGAGGCGGGGCUGGCCGGGCAGGGCAUCACGUUCAUCUUCACGGACAACGACAUCAAGGACGAGUGCUUCCUGGAGUACCUCAACAACGUGCUGAGUUCGGGCGAGAUCGCGAACCUCUUCCCGAAGGACGAUAUCGAUCAGAUCACGAAUGAGCUGAUCCCGGUGAUGAAGCGGGUCGAUCCGAAGCGCAUCCCGACGCAGGACAACCUGUACGAGUUCUUCAUCUCGCGCGCUCGCGCCAACCUGCACGUGGUGCUGUGCUUUUCGCCGGUGGGCGAAAAGUUCCGCAAUCGGUCGCUUAAAUUCCCCGGCCUAAUCUCCGGCUGUACGAUCGACUGGUUCCAGCGCUGGCCAACCGAUGCGCUGGUGGCAGUAUCGAACCACUUCCUGCGCGACUACGGCGUGGUGUGCACACCCGAGCUGAAGCUGCGGCUGAUCGAGAUCAUGGCGUUCGUGCACAAUCGCGUGGCGGAAGUGUGCACCGAGUACUACGAGCGCUUCCGCCGGCAGGCACACGUCACUCCGAAGUCGUUCCUGUCGUUCCUGGACGGCUACAAGCGCAUCUACCGGCAGAAGCACGAAACCAUCGCCAUCCUGGCCAGCCGCAUGCAGACGGGUUUGGUGAAGCUGAUCGAGGCGGCCGAGUCGGUGGACGCGCUGCGCCUGGAGCUGGAAGAGAAGGAGAAGGACAUCGUGGUCGCGAGCGCCGCGGCGGAAGUCGUGCUGGCGUCCGUUACGGAGUCGCAGCGGGCGGCCGAGACAGUGAAGGCCGACGUGCUGGUGGUGAAGAACAAGGCGGACGUGCUGGUGGACCAGAUUCGGGCCGAUACGCUGGUCGCGGAAGAGAAGCUCGAGGCCGCACGGCCAGCGCUGGAGCAAGCGGAAGCGGCACUCAAGACGGUAACGGCCGCCGAUAUCGCCACGGUCCGGAAGCUCGGCAAACCCCCCUACCUGAUCACGCUCAUCAUGGACGUGGUGCUGAUACUGUUUCGUCGGCGGCUCGCCCCGGUCAAGCCGGACGACGAGCGCCAGUUUAUGUUCGCCUCCUGGGACCAGUCGCUGAAGGUGAUGAGCGACACCGGCUUCCUGGGCAAGAUCGUGCGCUAUCCGGCCGAUCUGAUCAACGCCGAAACGGUCGACCUGAUGGUGCCGUAUUUCCGGUACCCCCUGUACACGUUCGAGGCUGCCAAAGCGGCGUGCGGCAACGUGGCCGGUCUGCUGCGGUGGACGAUGGCGAUGGCCGACUUCUACGACGUCAACAAGGACGUGCUGCCGCUCAAGGCGAACCUGGCGCGCCAGCAGAAGAAGCUCGACAGUGCCAUGACCGAGAAGAGGGCAGCCGAAGCGCUGCUGGAGGCCAAGGAGAAAGAGCUGGCGGUCGUGCAGCGCCAGUUUGACGAGGCCAUGGCGAGGAAACAGGCCGUCCUGGACGAUGCGCGCCAGUGCCAGGACAAGAUGGAUGCGGCGUCGGCACUGAUCAACGGGCUGGCCGAUGAGCGGGUCCGCUGGACGGAGCAGUUGGAGCAGUUCAAGGACGAGACCGAGCGACUGGUGGGCGACGUGCUGAUUCUGACCGGGUUCCUCUCCUACACCGGCCCGUUCAAUCAGGAGUACCGUACGGGGCUGCAGGCCAGCUGGCAGGCUGAGCUGAACCGCCGGCGCAUUCCCGUCUCGCGGACCGUCGACAUUACGGAAAGCCUGACUGACAGCGCCACGGUUGGCGAGUGGAACCUGCAGGGGCUGCCGAACGACGAGCUGUCCAUUCAGAAUGGCAUCAUCGUGACGAAGGCUACGCGCUAUCCGCUGCUGAUCGACCCCCAGUCGCAGGGCAAAAUGUGGAUCAAGAGCAAGGAGGCCGACUGUGGGCUGAUCGUGAGCGCUCUGAACCACAAGUACUUCCGGAACCACAUCGAAGACGCGCUCUCCCUUGGCCACCCGCUACUGAUCGAGGACAUCGGCGAAGAGCUCGACCCCGUGCUGGACAACGUACUGGAGAAGAACUUCAUCAAGGUAGGCAACGCGUACAAGGUGAAGGUAGGCGACAAGGAGGUGGACGUGCACGAUUCGUUCCGCAUGUACCUGACGACGAAGCUGCCCAACCCGCUCUACACACCGGAGGUGUCGGCCCGCACGGCCAUCAUCGACUUUACCGUCACGAUGCGCGGCCUCGAAGAUCAGCUGCUGGGGCGCGUGAUCCUGACCGAAAAGCGGGAGCUCGAAUCGGAACGGACGGCGCUGAUCAAGGGGGUCACGGCGAACCGGCGCAAGAUGCAGGAACUGGAAGCGAAUCUGCUGCACAAGCUGUCCACCACGCAGGGCAGCCUGGUGGAUGAUGUGACGGUGAUCGUGGUGCUAAACACGAGCAAAACGACCUCGAUCGAGGUGCGCGAGAAGCUGAAGGUGGCGCGCGAAACGGAGACCAAGAUCAAUCGGGCGCGCGAAGAGUACCGGCCGGUGGCCGGUCGGGGCAGCGUGCUGUACUUUCUGAUCUGCAGCAUGACCAUGGUCGACAGCAUGUACCAAACGUCGCUGGUGCAGUUUCUCGAGCGCUUCGACAUCUCGAUGGCCCGCUCCAACCGGCACCCGGUUCCGACGCGCCGUAUCAGCAACAUCAUCGAGUACCUGACGUACGACAUCUUCCGGUACGUGUGCCGGGGCCUGUACGAGGUGCACAAGUAUCUGUUCGUUCUGCUGAUGGCGCUCAACAUCGAUCUCGAACGGGGCACGAUCACGCGCGAAGAGUUCCAAACGUUCGUCAAGGGCGGAGCGGCCCUCGACAUCAACGCGUGCCCGGAGAAGCCUUUCAAGUGGAUUGCCGACGUGACGUGGCUGAACCUGGCGCAGCUGUCCCAACUGGGGCCCUUCGCCACCAUUCUGCAGCACAUCCGGGACGGCGAGAAGGUGUGGAAGAGCUGGUUCUCGAAGGAGGCGCCCGAGGAGGAACCAAUCCCGUACCCCCCGGCGGCUACUGGUGGCACGCGCUCGUCCAGUUCGCUCGACCCAUUCCGGCGCCUCUUGCUCAUUCGCGCCUGGUGCCCGGACCGGACGCUCUUCCAGAGCCGCAAGUAUCUGAGCAGCUCGCUCGGCGAACGGUUUGCCGAUCCGGUGGUGGUCGAUUACGAUGCCCUGCUGGAGGAAAGCCGUCCGCUGACGCCGUUGAUUUGCUUCCUGUCGAUGGGUUCCGACCCGACGCCCAACAUCGAGAGUCUGGCGAAGAAGAACGCCACCAAGUGCCGCUCGAUAUCGAUGGGCCAGGGCCAGGAGGUGCAUGCCCGCAAACUGAUGGAGCAGUCGCUCGAGGAAGGCUCCUGGGUGCUGCUGCAAAACUGUCACCUCGGGCUGGACUACAUGAACGAGCUGUUGCUGCAGCUGGUCGAGCUCGAUCGUGCGGGACCAUCAGGGCACCAUGCACGCUUUCGCGUAUGGAUAACAACGGAACCGCACCCGCAGUUUCCCAUCACCCUGCUACAGAUGUCGAUCAAGUUCACCAACGAGCCACCGUCCGGGGUUAAGGCCGGCCUGAAGCGUACCUACGGCUCGAUGUCGCUGGAGAUGUUCGAUUACAGCGAUUCCCCGCUGUACGCCCCGCUGAUCUACGGCAUCUCGUUUCUCCACACGGUCGUGCAGGAGCGCCGCAAGUUCGGGCCGCUCGGCUGGAACAUUCCGUACGAGUUCAACUCGGCCGACUGGCUGGCGAGCUGCCUGUUCGUGCAGAACCACCUGGAGGCGCUCAACCCGAAGCGCGGCAUUAGCUGGAAAACGUUGCGCUACAUGCUGGGCGAGGUGCAAUACGGGGGACGCGUAACCGACGACUACGACAAGCGGCUGCUAAACACGUUCGCCCGCGUCUGGUUCUCGGACGCUCUGUUUGAGGACACAUUCCGAUUCUACAAAGACUACCGUGUGGUGCGCUUCAAGACGCUCGAGGAGUACCUGGAAGAGAUCGAAACGAUGGCGCUCGUCGAUCCGCCGCAGGUGUACGGACUGCACUCGAACGCCGACAUUACCUACCAGAGCAACACGACGCAGGUGAUUUUGGAGACGAUCCUUUCGAUUCAACCCAAAGAGUCGUCCGGUGGUGGAGGGGAAACGCGUGAGGCCACCGUUGCUCGGUUGGUCCGGGAUAUGCUCGCAAAGGUGCCCGCACCGUACGAUCCGUACGCGGUGAAGGAGCGGCUCCGCAUCAUGGGCCACCAGGAGCCGAUGAACGUGUUUUUGCGCCAGGAAAUCGACCGCAUUCAACGGAUCCUGCUGCUGGUGCGCCAAACGCUGGACGAUCUGUUGCUGGCCAUCGACGGAGUGAUCAUCAUGAACGAGCAGCUCCGCGAUGCGCUCGACAGUAUCUACGAUGCGCGCGUCCCCGCGAUGUGGAAACGCGGCAGCUGGGUGUCGGCCACGCUGGGCUUCUGGUUCACGGAGCUGCUCGAGCGGAACGGCCAGUUCCACGGCUGGUGUUUCCGGCGACGGCCGAACAUGUUUUGGAUGACCGGCUUCUUCAAUCCGCAGGGUUUCCUCACGGCGAUGCGCCAGGAGGUGGCCCGAGCCCACAAGGGCUGGGCGCUGGACAUGAUCACGCUGCACAACGACGUCACGCAGAUGCUGGCCGAGGACUGCAAGCAACCGCCACCGGAGGGCGUGUACAUUUACGGCCUCUACCUGGACGGGGCCGGUUGGGACAAGCGGCACGCGCGGCUGCAGGAAGCCACCAACAAGAUCCUGUACGCGCCGGUGCCGGUCGUGCAUGUGUACGCGAUCAAUUCCACCGCGCCGAAGGACCCGAAGCUCUACGAGUGUCCGGUGUACAAGAAGGCCAACCGAACGGACUUGAAUUACAUCACACCGCUCUGGCUCCAGACGGCCAAACCACCCGACCACUGGAUUCUGCGCGGAGUGGCCCUGUUGUGCGACAUCAAGUGA